AUGGAACAAGGCCCUUCUCGUGACUACUUGGAGGACCUCCUCCUGCCCAGCCCUGAGACGUAUGCUGCCGAGACUCUCGAGCUCCUGUUCACCAAGGAUAUAGGGUUCGACGCGGUCAUCACCUGUCGCGGCGAGGAGUUCCGGAUUCAUAGAAACCUCGCCGCUGUGCGAUCUCCGUUCAUGAGGGUUGCAUUCUAUGGGAAUUUCACGGAAGCGUCCGAUGGCAGGCUCUCAGCCGACGAGUUCGAAGUCGAAGUGGUCAGGCAGAUGGUCCACUACUUGUAUAACGGAACGUACACCGCCCCCAAGCAGAAAUACAAGGGGAACGAGGGCCUUACCGUGGAGGAGAUUGUGGCCCAGGCCGAGGACAUCCUCUGGACCAGACACCGCCAGCUGAUCGACAUGAGCUGGUUGUCCCAGUGCCUGACAAGGAAUGCGAGCACGCCGGCGGAUAUUAUGAAGUUUCACAUCAAGAUGCAUAACGUCGCCGACUACUACCAGAUCGAGUCGCUUUCCGAGUAUUCAUCCAUCCACAUCCAGAGGCUGCUAAUCCAGGAAUGGAACCCGGAGUGGUUCUGUGACAUGCUGAAGCUGUGUUGGAGCGAGAUUGUUGAUGAUAAUGUCAGGGAGCUGUUCGCCAAGAAAGCGGCCUGUCAUGCUGUCGCGCUGCUGGACACGCCGAGCUUCCAGACACUUGACUGUAAGUUGAGACUAGCUCUCGACUACUUAGUGCUCCGUAUAAAUGCUCACAAAUUGAAAUGA